AUGAAGGUUUUGUACACGAAUUCAGCAUCAAGUGUUGAGGAGUGGAUCACCAAUACUGAAGCUUCCCUAGAUUCUUCUGCUAGGAAGAUUGUUGGUCUUGAUGUUGAGUAUGAUAAACUCAGUGGAACCUAUUUCAAUCCGAAGAAAGCUGCUAUGAUCCAGCUAUGUGUUGGCACUGAUGUUCUUGUGUACCACAUAUGCCAUGCUGAUGAGAGGAGUGAAAAGUUGUAUGAUUUCUUUUAUGGCUAUAGGUACACUUUUGCUGGGUUUUGCGUCGUAGAAGACCGCACCAUUCUGUCACGUUCAAAGUACUAUGUUCAUAAUGUGAAGGAUAUACAGGCAAUAUGGAGAGAUCCGGACAACAGGAAGAGAACUCAAGGUCUGAAGGAUGUUGCUGGAGCUAUUAUAGAUCCAAUCUAUUUUGAGAUGAAGGAUGGUUUUGGAAGGGCAGAGCACAGGAUGUGA